UCCUUUUCACCAUAUUUUGCAACUGCGUAGCCUUAGCUAUCUACACACCCCACGCAAAUAUGGAUUCUAAUAAAUUAAAUCAUUAUUUAGAAAAAACAGAAUAUUUGUUUUUAGUCAUUUUUAUGAUCGAAUGUAUAAUGAAAAUUAUUGCUUAUGGAUUUUUGUUCCACCCUGGUGCCUACUUACGCAAUGGUUGGAACUUUCUAGAUUUCAUCAUCGUUAUUAUAGGUAUUAUAAGUACAGCUCUUUCAGCCUUGAUGAAAGAGGGUUUUGAUGUGAAAGCCUUACGUGCAUUUCGUGUUUUACGACCUCUUAAAUUAGUUUCUGGCGUCCCAAGUUUACAAGUAGUUUUAAAUUCUAUUCUUCGUGCCAUGGUGCCCUUACUUCACAUUGCUCUCCUCGUCAUCUUUGUAAUAAUCAUUUAUGCCAUCAUAGGUUUAGAACUAUUUUCUGGUAAAAUGCACGAAACAUGCAUAAACAACGUAACAGGAGAAUUUGCCUUAGAAGAACCUCACCCUUGUGGUGAAAAUGGGUACCACUGUAACUCAUCAAGCAGUGAAGUGUGCAUGGGAUAUUGGGAAGGACCAAAUUUCGGAAUAACUAACUUUGAUAAUUUCGGUCUUGCUAUGUUGACUGUCUUCCAAUGUGUCACCAAUGAAGGAUGGACCAAUGUGCUUUAUAAUAUAAAUGAUUCUGUUGGAAAUGAAUGGCCAUGGAUUUAUUUUAUAAGUUUAAUCAUUAUUGGUUCAUUCUUCGUGCUCAACCUUGUUCUUGGUGUACUCAGUGGGGAAUUUUCCAAAGAGAGAGAAAAAGCCAAAGCUCGGGGGGAUUUUCACAAACUGAGGGAAAAGCAACAAAUUGAAGAUGACUUGCGUGGUUACUUAGAAUGGAUUACGCAGGGAGAGGAUAUUGAGCAAGACGAUAAAGAAAAUAAGAAUGAAUCCAGAAAUAGUAAAACAUUGCGUGAUAUAGAUAGAACAGAUACACUACAAGCAGAAACAAAUAGUUUAGACAUCAGUCAUGUUCCUUCCUGGUGGGCAAUAAAAAGGAAAAAAAUUAGUCGAAACAAUAGAAGGUUAAGAAGAAUGUGCCGAAGAAUGGUGAAAUCAAAAGCCUUUUAUUGGAUUAUUAUUGUUCUUGUUUUCCUAAACACUUUAGCAUUAGCCUCAGAGCACAAUAGCCAGCCACCUUGGUUGGAUUAUUUUCAAGAAAUUGCCAACCUAUUUUUUGUUGCCCUUUUUACAUUGGAAAUGCUACUAAAAAUAUUCAGUCUUGGCUUCCAAGGAUAUUUUGUAUCACUUUUCAACCGUUUUGAUUGUUUCGUAGUGUUGAGUUCUAUUUUAGAAACAGUUUUAACUUACUCGGACGUUAUGCCACCUUUAGGUAUUUCUGUUCUGAGGUGUGUUCGCCUUCUUAGGAUAUUUAAAGUAACUAAAUAUUGGUCAUCUUUACGAAAUCUGGUGGCUUCCCUAAUAAAUUCCAUGCGAUCAAUUGCUAGUUUGUUGUUGCUUCUUUUUUUAUUCAUCGUAAUAUUUGCUUUACUUGGAAUGCAAGUGUUUGGUGGAAAGUUUAACAACAAUCCACAUGAGGAUAAGCCGAGAAGUAAUUUCGACUCUUUUUGGCAAAGUCUGUUGACGGUUUUUCAGAUUUUAACUGGAGAAGAUUGGAAUGAAGUAAUGUAUCAUGGUAUCAACGCAUAUGGAGGCGUUGGAUCACCUGGUGUCUUAGCCUGUAUUUAUUUUAUUAUUUUAUUCAUUUGCGGAAACUAUAUCUUGUUAAACGUAUUUUUAGCUAUCGCUGUGGAUAAUUUAGCUGAUGCAGAAAGUCUAACAGCAAUAGAAAAAGAAGAAGAAGAAAAUGAGAAAGAACAGGGGAGCAUCAUUUAUUCAAAAGAUGAUGAUUUUGAAGAUGAAGACGGAAGGCAUACCAGCAAAAGAAGGAAAAAGAAAAGACACAGCAUCUCUUCUUCCAGUUGUUCUAUGGAAAAAGCUGUUAAGCCUGAAACACCUCAGAUGAAUCAUAAUAUGUUCAUUCGCAUGCAACGAGAAAAAGCUGACAACCUGAUAAAAACAACUCAAGACUCUGCUUAUGAGAAAGUAGAUGGCGAGGCAGAAAAUGAAGUAACGGCAAUAAACUUCAACACUGAAGAUGGAGAUGCUGAUGAGGAUGAUGAGGAAGAUGACGACGAAGACAAUACAUCGGUUUCCACUGCACGACCCCGGCGUCUUUCAGAUAUUCACAUGGACACAAAAAUAAAGCCCAUUCCUGCUUACACAUCAUUCUUCAUUUUUUCACACAACAACAGGUUCCGCAGGCUAUGUCACUUCAUUGUGAAUCACAGCUAUUUUGCAAAUAUUAUCCUUGGUUUCAUAUUAAUUAGUAGCGCUAUGCUGGCUGCAGAAGACCCUUUGAAUAUAAACUCAGAUCGAAAUAAGAUAUUGAACUAUUUCGACUACUUUUUUACCACUGUGUUCACUGUCGAAAUCACAUUAAAAGCCAUUGCUUACGGUCUGAUUUUACAUAAAGGAUCUUUCUGUAGAAGUUACUUUAACCUGCUUGAUGUGCUUGUUGUGUCUGUGUCGCUUAUUUCAUUUGCUUUCGGAAACGAAACAUUUUCAGUUGUAAAAAUUUUGCGUGUUCUUCGAGUGCUUCGCCCUCUCCGAGCCAUUAACCGUGCCAAAGGAUUAAAGUACGUAGUCAAGUGCGUCAUAGUAGCAGUCAAAACUAUAGGAAACAUCAUGUUGGUCACCUACUUGCUACAGUUCAUGUUUGCUGUGAUCGGAGUACAACUGUUCAAGGGAAAGUUUUACCGUUGCAAUGAUGAAUCGAAAAUGACUGAAGAAGAAUGUCAAGGCCAAUAUGUUGUUUAUCAAGGGGGUGAAACAAUGAAAAUUACUAUAGAAGAUAGAAUUUGGGAUAAUAAUGAAUUUAAUUUUGACGACGUUGCCAAAGCUAUGCUUAGUCUCUGUACAGUUUCUACUUUUGAAGGCUGGCCAAAAUUACUCUAUGUUGCCAUAGAUUCUCAUGCAGAAAAUAUUGGUCCUUUAUACAAUUACAAUCCGCUGGUAGCUGUAUAUUUUAUCGUAUAUAUAAUCAUAAUCGCAUUUUUUAUGGUUAACAUUUUCGUUGGUUUUGUCAUAGUCACUUUCCAAAAUGAAGGAGAACAAGAAUUCAAAAAUUGCGAAUUAGAUAAGAAUCAGAGAAAUUGUAUUGAGUUUGCUCUCAAAGCCAAGCCUGUUCGACGUUACAUUCCCAAACAUCGAAUACAAUACAAAGUGUGGUGGUUUGUGACAUCACAAUACUUUGAAUAUGCUAUUUUUGUUCUCAUUAUGAUCAACACUUUAGUUUUAGCUAUGAAGUAUUAUGGUCAGCCAAAAGAAUAUACUUUUGCCUUAGAUAUAAUGAAUAUGAUAUUCACUGCAGUUUUUGCCUUUGAAUUUCUCCUAAAGCUUAUAGCUUUUAAAUUUAAGAACUAUUUUGGUGAUGCCUGGAAUGUUUUUGACUUUAUAAUCGUAUUAGGGAGCUUUAUAGACAUAGUUUAUUCGGAAGUCAAUCCAGGAACGAAUAUUAUUAGUAUAAACUUCUUUCGCCUUUUUCGAGUGAUGCGAUUAGUAAAGCUUCUCAGUAGAGGAGAAGGAAUUCGAACUUUGCUUUGGACAUUUAUAAAAUCUUUCCAGGCAUUGCCUUACGUAGCCUUGUUAAUAGUUAUGCUCUUCUUCAUAUAUGCUGUAAUAGGAAUGCAGAUGUUUGGGCGCAUUGCUUUAGACCCAAAAACAGCUAUACAUAGAAACAAUCAUUUUCAAACAUUUCCUCAAGCAGUUUUAGUGCUUUUUAGAUCUGCCACUGGUGAAGGAUGGCAGGAAAUUAUGCUGGCGUGCCUAAACAAGCCCACGACUAAAUGUGAUUCGCGAGCAGAUUUAUCAUCUGGUGACGUGUGCGGAUCGGAAGUUGCUUUGCCAUACUUUAUCUCCUUUUACAUCUUGUGCUCGUUCUUAGUCAUAAAUCUUUUUGUUGCUGUAAUUAUGGAUAAUUUUGAUUAUUUGACUCGCGAUUGGUCCAUACUGGGACCACAUCAUUUAGAUGAAUUCAUUCGUUUGUGGUCGGAAUACGAUCCAGAUGCAAAAGGAAGAAUAAAGCACUUGGAUGUUGUGACAUUGCUCAGAAAAAUUUCUCCUCCACUGGGAUUUGGGAAAUUAUGUCCUCAUAGAGUAGCUUGUAAAAAAUUAGUCUCAAUGAACAUGCCUCUAAACAGUGAUGGUACAGUUAUGUUUAACGCCACUUUGUUCGCUUUAGUCAGAACAUCUUUGCAUAUCAAAACAGAAGGUAAUAUAGAUGAAGCGAAUGAGGAAUUAAGAGCUGUGAUCAAGAGAAUUUGGAAGCGCACAAGCGACGAGCUUUUAGAUCAAGUAGUACCUCCUGCUGGUGCUGACGAUGAUGUUACAGUUGGGAAGUUUUAUGCUACUUUUCUUAUUCAAGAUUAUUUUAGACGGUUUAAAAAGAGAAAAGAAGAAAGGUCACAUGAGGCAGGAGGAAAAGGUCAAGAGACAACAGUUGCUCUUCAGCUGCUCUCCAUUGUUCAGGCUGGACUACGUACACUCCAUGAACUUGGACCUGAAAUUCGUCGUGCAAUAUCUGGUAGUUUGGAAGUAGAAGAAACUGAACCAGUAGAACCAGAACCAGCUCAUAGGCGUAACCAUUCAUUGUUUGGUCACAUGUGGCAUUCAGUCCGAGGUGCUCCUUUAAAACGAACAAGGUCAUUAAAAUCCAAUAGUGCUAGAUCUCACGCUAAAGUAUCUCCUACGAAUUCCUUGGAUGUUUCCAAGUCAUCUUCACAAAAAGCUCACGUGCCUGGAAAUCAUAUCCGUUUUACACGGGAAUCCAGUGGUGCUACAGUUACAUCGCCUCUUGCUUUACACAGAGGAAGUAAAUCCAGCUCAGUUUCCGUUGACGAUGUCUACUUAUAUCAAUCUCCAAGUCAUUCCACUCAAACUUCCCCUCAAAAUGCUCCGACUGCUCCCCAAAUUAAUUAUUCUGUGAUGGGCAGUUGCAGCAGCUAUGAAGGCAGCUUCACUAUUGAAAGUAGAGAUCAUUCCCCAGGAAAAGAGACCAUUCCACUUCGAUCGUUGAGAUCAAAUCAACACAGUCCGAGCCCCUUGGCAAAAGUUGACAAUAACGAAAGCAAUACCUCUAGCGUACACAGCGAUUCAUCAUCGGGUAAAAAUGAAGCAACUGGCACAAGUUUCUUAAGCCUUUGCCUAAAAGACGAAGAGGACAUGGACAGCUUAAGACCACCAACUCCUCCACCUAGAAGAUUUCCUACACGUUCAGGAGCAGCUUCAUUUCGUCUACCAUGCCUAGGUAAGCGAGACAGUCAUGAGAGGCCUAUACUUGUCCGACAGUCUUCCAGUACACACAGUUGCGGGGAUCUACGCGGCUCUUCCACAGAAGAUCCUCCAGACAUGGACGAACGUCCUGCGAGUCAACAUAUGAGGCAUAUUGCUGCUUCACUCUGCUUCGCUCAUUUACCUGCCAUGGCAGUUGCCGGUGUUCAGCCAACAACAGACCAAUGGAAGAGGCGCAGAAGACUAGGUGAUGGAUCAUCACAUAUACCUACUCACAGAGCUUCAUAUCAUGGUUCCCGUGAUACAUCAUUAGGAUGGAACAGUGAUUCUCCAAUAAAAUCAAAAUCUGGAGAUUAUAUGAAUGCAGACAUUCUAGGAAGUGCGGAAAGUCUAAUAGGAAGAGUUCUUUUAGAGCAAGGGCUUGGUAAAUACUGCGAUCCAGAUUUCGUGCGUGCAACACAGCGAGAACUAGCAGAAGCAAUCAAUCUGACACAGGAAGAGAUGGACAUGGCUGCACACCAGCUUAUGCAACUGGAGCGUCGACAAAGUAUGCCUCACAUGUGCCUAGAAACUAAUCCAGAUCAUGAAACGCUGGAUAUUGCUGAAGCUACAGACGAAGAUGAUCAGCUCACUAUGAGAACAAUCGAAAGUGGAACGGAAAACACAGCGCAAGAGAAUGAUAAUAGUAGACUAUCGCCAAGAACCAUCACAGUUAAUAUUGAACAAAAUGAUUCCAAUCAGGAUGCUAAAGAAUUCCACACAGAAGAUACUAAUUUAUAGUAUUAUGAACAAGUAAAGCGGUAUUUUUACUCUGUGUUAUCAUUACAACAAACAAAACAAACAGGGAUGAAUUGAAAGUCCCGAAGCUUAUUUCAUAGUCUGGAACUGAAUUAGAAUGUUGGAAAUACGGUUGAUAUUUCGAGAAAGAAAACAUGCAGACACAGGUUUUCUUUUGCAUAAAACCUUAAUUAUUACGAGCUUUGAAAGUUUUUUCUGGACAUAGAAUGGAAUGUUACGAAGAAAAUGAAAGUUGUAAGAGCUGGAGUUUUACUAACUUUCAGAAUAUUUAUUUUAAAAAGGAUCUGUGAUCCAAAGUUUGUAAAAAAAAAAAUAUGUAUUCUCUUGUCUCAGUGCCUUCAGAGGAGAGGGCCAGCGAUUUGCACUUAACCCUUUAAUCUUAAGCCAAAGUGAAAUAGAUGAAUUUAUAAGAUCAAGAUCUCUCAGGGUUCUAAUGAGUUUCCUCGUUUUUAAACUGGAGUAAAUGCACGAAAAUAUUUUUGUUUAUUUUACAAAGCCAUUACCGCAGUAUUCAUUAAUAUUAGUCAGAAAACAAUAUUUAAUUUACAAAAAAAUUAAAUGUUAAAAAGGGAAUCAUAAUUUGACAAAAACCUAUUUUAUGGAUUCUUUCACAGAGUUUUUUACUAAUUCCUUAAAAUUAUUAAAACAAAAAAAAAUAACAUAGAUGAAAUACUAGCUAAUUAUAACUAAUAUAAACAACAAAAACGUUUUCUACAAUAUCCUAUAGCUUUGAAAGGCUUUUUGAAGUUAUUGUUGUGGUUAUUUGAGUAAAUAAAAUUAACCGAUACAGAGUUAUGAACGAAAUAAUUCUGGUCUUAUAAUCUAGUGCAAAACCACCAAAGAUCAUUCCACUGCUAAAUUAGAUAAAAAGUGUUUGAAACAGACAAAAUAUCGUAAUAGUCUGGAAAGAUAGAUAGCCAGUGCUCAAAAACGUUAGUAUCUUCUUUAGAAUGAAAACACUUUUAACCCACUUUCUAAAAGGAAGUGCAAUGAUGAAUCAGUUGAAAAACGCAUAAAUAUUUUUUUUAAUCAAAGUGGUUAUAGGAAAGGAGGUUCACUAAUGCAAAAUUUGAGAGGCACCGUAUGAAAAUUGAGUAAGCACAACUUUGAGUUCUAUAUGACAAUCAAUAUAUUGAAAAUUUUCACAAAAUCUAGAUGGUCUAAGUACCUGAAAAGCGCUUUUGUGGUUAAAAAAAAUAAUGACACUGCAAACUUGUAAUUACUUAAAUAAGGAAAAAAUAUUAACACAAAAUAAACAAUUGAAUAUUUUUUCUAUAUUACAAUUUUGUAGAGCAAAUGCAUAGUUUAUAUUUGUUAAAAUAAUUUCCACGUGAUUUUACUUAUAAGAUAAAUACAAAGUAUCGUAAAUAUAUCUAACAAUGUUAAAACUUAUUUUUCUCCAAAUCGUAGACGUAGAAAAAUCGCUUCUUUAAAAAAGCUUACAUCUACUAUUCAAAUACGAAAGAUUUAAAAUAGCACACACAUUGUAAAUAUUUUUCACUUAUUAAACUUGUAUCUUUGCGAACCGAAAUAUUUUAUAGGUUCAAUUAUUAUUUCAUUUAACUUACUGCUAGUCUAUCAUUUAAGAAGAAACAAUUAUACAACUAGCAUUUCAAAUCAUAAAAAAAUAAAUAAAAAUAAAAAAACCUUUUUUCGUAUAAAUCAAUACCAAUUAUCAAUAAUAAGAUUAAAACUUGCUAAGUUUAUAAAAAGGAAACAUGAAUUGUAGAACAGUUUUUUUUUGCACCCAAAUAAAAUAUAUUAUAUAUUUUUUAAAUUAUUAUUAACAAAAAUAUUAAUGUGAUGAAUAUAUAAUGAUAGUAAUAAAAUAAAUAAUAAUACAACAAAAUAAUAAAUAAAUUCAACUAGCCUUAAUUGUUUAAAUAUGUUGUAUAUGAAAAUGUUGAGUAGUUUAAAGUCUUUCAAUAUUAAAUUCAAUGGUAAGAAUAGACCUACAAAUGCAAUUAAACUAACGCUAUCCUUUUUACUAUUUCAAAUGCUUUAAUUAAUGAAUUUAAUCGAUAAUUUUUUGAGAGAAAAAAAAAUCAUUGUAUGAAAGCAUCAUACCAGCAUACUUAAUAGUAUGGCUUUGUAAAAGACAAAACUAUUUCAUCUAAAUGAUUAACUUCAAACCACACAUAUAUCUGGUAUUAAUUGCUGCACUUUAACUAUUUUGCACUUAAAAUUCAAGUAAAAAUCAAUAGUAAAGAGGAGUUGGAGAUAAAUAUUUAUUCUUAACUUUAAAGAGAGUGCUAUAAUUAGUUUCCAGAAA